GUGACGCGAAUUAGUUUCCUGGAGAUGCCAAGUCCGCCGAAGGACGAGGUGACACGCUGGGUGUUCUUCGUUAACCGUCGAGGUCAACUGGGCUGUGGCGACCAUUCGAUCCUGAAUCUUACCAACGAAGGAGUUCAACCUGUCAUCUUGGGCUACGACUGCAUGUCUACGGGGGGCGAGCUGGCAGAAGCUGUGUUGUCGAUAGCUGGGAUCCCACCGCAGCACAACGCUCCGAAUCGUGACGAGUACAUCAAAGUGAUCGACGAUAAUAUCUUACCGGAGAAAAAGUAUUUGUUUCAAAAACUCAAUCACGAUCAGUGGUUGUUCUACGACAUCAAAUACGACUUUUCGAGUGCUGGGCAUUUCCAUUACCACAAACAUUCAGUAAAUGGACGAGCUACGAUCUUGACCCAGCCACUGUAUAAUGGAAUAUCGAUGGGUGAGAACAACGGUUUUACAAUCAGCGAUAUAGUGAAACUAAGAAUGCUGUACAACUACAUUGUGAGGAAAAAAGUAAAUAUAGUGUCACAAUGUAACCGACUAUUUAUGCCAUCGUCGAUAGCAGGUUUCAAAAAGAGAAAACCGAAUCUUCUGGAUAAACUACCCAGAAACAAGCCACACCAAUACUUAGGACUUUCAAAAGAGCGUGCAGAAACCGAAGACAGUCAAGGCAAAAACGCUAAUGAGGACACGACGGAAGAGAAAAGUAAUUAUAGUUACAAUGAUGAUUAUACUCAUGAAUCAGGUGAUGUAGGAAAAAAAACUACAGUAAAUGCGGAACACGAAAAAUUGGGAAUUUCAAUUCUUUCGGACAUGCAUCCAAAAGAAAGAACUGAAAUUAUAGAAGAGAUAAUUAAAGUAGUUACAGAAAUAACGAAAGGGAUUCCAAAACUACGUCCCAUACGUCAGUAUUUCUCGAACAUAUUACAACAGUUCCUUUUUAAGGCAGACAAAUUGAAAGUAGAGCCCGGACAAAAAAAAUUGAGCUACACUAUUCCAGUCGACAUUCAUUCAGAAGAAAAAAAUAAAAUGACUGAAGAAGUAAUUACAUUGCUGACGGAUUCACCAAAAUGGCUUUCAAAAUUACCAAAAACAGAGCGGUAUUUGAAAAAAAUAUUAAAACACCCUUCUAAGAAAGAGAUGUUCAUGGAACUGGACAAAAUACCCAAAGAGGGUAUUGAUGUGGAAAAGAAAAUGAAAUUGAGUAUAGGAUCAGUAAAAGACUUUACGAAAAAUGUGUUAAGAGAACUUGGUGUCUUGUAUGUAGUAAACCGUAUCUUUAAUGACUAAUUUUAAUUAAAAACGAAAAAUAUAAAAAAAAUUGAAAAGAAUAGUGUUUACUUUAUCAAAUCCACUAAAGAUGCGACGAUGCAAAUUUCUGAACCCGAAAAAUAAUAAGCGCUAUGUAUGUAGGUACAGUUUGUAACAUUAUAGAUACUAAUGUGAUGUUAAACGGCGGCAAAUUUACUUUCAUCCAGUGCAGUCCCCCCCCCCCCUGCGCAUGUUUUAUUAUUCGUAAAAGUAUCUCAUGUCUCAUGUUUGUAUAGUCAACUCACAAAUUACAUUUAUAAGUCGUUUUAAUUCACACUGAUACUUUUUGUGAAAUGUGUGUCUGUGACUCAUUCACAGCAUUUGUGUGUGUCCAAUUUUAUUUUUCUUUAACUUUCCGUUGUUUGUUGUUCAAUAAUGAAAAAAAAGUCUAAUGGAAAAUAACGAUCGCGUUAGAUACCUUUAAUAAACUAGGUAACUUAGUGGUUUCUCAAUUUGAAUUGUUUCUAGGGAAUAUCUGACGAAGGGCGGGACUUGGAUGUUUUAUGAUCCUGCGACUUGCCCAAUAUUUGCACAAAAUAUCUUAGGUAUCGAUAAAGUAAUUUUGAAGGAGUUUAACAAACACCGCGUCUUUUUUCUAUUUUUGUGGAAUCAGUAAAAUACUUACAACAAUAUAUUACUUUUUGAUAACGUGUUAUAUAGAUACUAUUCGUCACUUGAUGUCCUUGCGUAGUAGGCAUGGCUAGUAUUGUGAAGCUAGUAUGUGAUCCCUACAAACUGUACAGACAUGCUACUCUAGUACGUCUCCGCCGAAUUAACUAGAACUUCUGAGUUUCUAUGAUAAAUUAAGCUCGACGUCGACAAUGGAUACAUAUAUUUGAACCAGAAAUCUAUAUGCCAGCAAAAACAUUCUGUAAAUAACUAGCCAAGUCUCGAUGGAGCUGCUUGUUUAUCUGUAAAAAGGAAUGAAAUCUAGACAAAGUUGUGCCAUGUUUAAGGUUCCCUACCGCGAUUUCUUUAUUAUUAUAAUAGUAUAGGAUGGUACGGCUGUGUUUGUUUUGCGCUCGACUUGGCCGAGCACUGCCAUGCUCCCUAAUAAACAGAAAUCCCACACCGAUACGUUCCACGUCCCUUGCAUUGGAUCAGGUUUUCUAGAAUAUCCAAACGUGUAUCAACUCGAAAUCUAUUGCAGUACGGUACCCUCUGAGACGUAUUGGCAAACAGCAAGAAUACUUCCAUCCUGCCAGAAAGUGUC